AUGUUGCUCAUCCACCUCCCGCCCGAAACGCUUUACCAGAUCGCUUGCUCCUGUCCUGGCCGCCAGGACGUUGUGUCCCUCGCCUUGUCAUGCAAGUACCUGUAUGAAAUCGCUUCUCGUGGGCCUCUGCAAUAUUUCGAUAUACGCAGUCGAUUACAAAGCCCUGCCCUGUGGUCGCGAUUGAGCGAUCCUGAUAACUUAAAAGCUCAUCUGGUCCACUCCCUGACUAUCCUACACGAUUUUUAUGGAGACGAUGUAAAUGCCUAUCUCGUGAACGAGGACGUUCCGGUGCAAGAGCGCGUACCAGAACAGUAUCGGCGGGAGCCCGAUACAUGGCUGGUCAAAUACUCAAGCAUUGAAGAGCUUCGCAAAGACGAAAGGGCGCUGAUAUCGGCGUUGAAGCGCAUGGUCAAUUUGCGAAGAUUCCGAUGGUUCCGAUACUAUUCUCCUGAAAGUAAGGGAGAAUGGGACCUUUGGCGGACUAUAAAUGAGCUAGGAAACGUCGACGAAAUAGAUAUCGUAGACCUACUGCCGGCGCCGUGGCCGGGUGUCACCUCCUUCGAGUUGCCAUUUAUUGUUGAAUCACCGUCGUUCUGGUCCUUGCGAGGUGUGACAUCCUUCACCUUCCGCGCGGAUGGACCGGAGCGGGAUGGUUCCUCGGUAGACCUGACCCCUAUGUAUCAGAUGCUGGUCGAUUGUCCUCACCUCAAGAAUCUCUCUAUGGAUGUGGGCGUCUUGCUUGUCCAAAGUGCCGAUAUGUUGCUACAGCAUGGUACUUGGCCGAACUUAAGCUCCAUCCGAAUGUUUGGAUUUACCUGCUACCUUGCGAUCAUUACCCAAUUUCUGAAUCGCCAUCCGGCCCUCGAGCAGGCCAAGCUUCCGCACCCGCAAGUUGUAUUACCGUUGGAAGACUGCAUGCUUUCCGAUGGGGCCCUCCCAAAUCUGUCAAGUCUCGAGUAUCAGGCCGGAACGGCUGCGGCCAUUCUUCAGAAUCCCACAGCUGCACAGAACCUCCGGAAUAUUGCGGGUAUAAAUUUGCGGGAUAUGUGUCGGCUGGAAAAACGUAACGGCGAUCCGUGGGACAGAGUGCUCGCUCUGUGGAGAGCGCAUCUGAUCGAGGGGAUAAAGAUGCGGCCGUCCAUCUCCUCGCUCAAGUUGCUCUCAUAUCAACCUUCCUAUUUGCUGAAGCUUGCUGGGCUGGCGCCCCAGCUGACUGAGUUGGACCUCGACCUAUUUGAGGAUGAUUUUGAUCCAAACCCAUUGACGAACUACAUCACCGAAUGCUCACCGAGUGAGGGGGACACAUAG